GCCGCCGCCCGAGUACAAGGCCGUGCCGCCCGCGCUGACCCAGCAGCAGCCGCCGCAGCAGCAGCAGCGCUUCGCCAUGCGCCGCCCGCCGCACCAGCCCAUGCCGCCGUCCGGUCCGAUGAUGCGACCACAGAUGGUGGGAGGUGGCUACCUGCAGCAGCAGCAGGCCAUGGCAGGCCUCGGUGUCGGUGUCGGGGUGGGGGUGGGAGUGGGUCUGGGUGUGGGGCCGCACCGCUACGGUGGCCCGCAGGCCCAGGGGGCGCCACCGCCGCAGCAGCAGCGCCAGCAGCGGCCGCCCAACGUCAGCGUUGGGCCCGACACGGGGCUCGGGGCCCGCCAGGACUGGAGGCACCUCCUUGUCUCACAGCAGCAGAGCGCUGUCUUCAGGAAUGGAGCCGGCUCGGCUGCUGCUUUCCAGCAGCAGCAGCACUUGCACCAGGGGUCCUUCAGUAUGGCUCAGAUGCAGCAACAGCAGCAGCAGCAGCUCGUAGCAUCUAGGAAUCAGGGAAUGCCGACGUUGCAGCAGAUGAUGUCGCAACAGCAGCAGAUGGGCAUGCCCCCAGGACCAGGCCCUGGUCAGAUGUCAAUGAACCUGCAGAUGUCACAGUCACUAUCUGCGAGUGGAGUGCCCCCUCACCAUACUUCCCCUCACCUCCCCCCGUACGUCAGCAGCCCAGUGCUACAGCAGCACCCCACCACCACCCCAGUGAGCUCUGCUUCAAACUCACAGCCCCCACCAGACUUCAGUCUCGAGUUCCUCGAACAGUUGCCGUCAGGAGAUUCGAGUCAGUUUUCAGCCGCAGAACUUCUAAAUUCCCUCGAUGCAGGGUCGUCGUUUAAUUUUCAAGAUAUAUUAUAGGAAUGGUUUUAGGUGCUCUGUGCACCGUAAUGCGGCAGCAUUUUCUGGAGUGUGACUGUGUUGAGUUCUGAGUCCAGGUCCUUCACUUGGUGGACAAUCUUAGUGAAUCACAGACAUACAGCAGUUACCAAAUAAAUAAGAUGCAGUAAGGGUGAUCAUUAGAAAAUAGUUAAAGUGACCUGUCAGACGGAGGAUUUAGAAGAGGAGUGGUACUGAGCGGUUAGGAUCUCGAGAGCUGAACAUGACAUUAACAUUCCAGUAUUUGUUCUGUCAAGAGAGUCUAGUUUGGUUUGACUGUUGUACGAGUACUCAUCUCGUAAAGUGUAGAAUGUAACGAGGGACACAUUUAGGAAAUACAUUGGACAAUCGGUGAAUUCACUUUUAGUUAUGGCUGUGUGUAUCUGUAAGAAACAACAGUGUGGUAUAGUGGAACACUGAUAUUUGUGAUCUAGACCUGCAAGUCUGUUGUGAGCAGAAAUUCAACAUUGUGUCCUAUUACAGUGCACGUACACUAGCUAUCAAAUAUUGUAAUUUUAUUUAUGUGAUCCAAAUGAACAUUUCUCAUAUGAGCAGCUGGGGCAAACGCAGAUAACUGUAACCUCAAAUAUACAGAUACAAACACAACAUCCUGAGCUUAAAACCCUGUCUAAACCUCAGAUAUAAACUUAAGAAACAGUGUUGCUGUUUUUCUGUUUUUAUGCUGAUUGCACAAUGUUGCCCACUUACACAUACUUGUGUUCUCUUGCCAGUGCUUUCCAUUGUUUUUGUUGUAGUUAAAUUCAUUUAUAUUGUAUCAAACAACUCAAAUAAUUUUUAACCCAGUUUAAAUUGCCAUGAAAUCUUUAAUGUUUAUUGAACAGCAAUGCUUUCACGAAACACUGCAACCAUGAUGUGGUAAAUCAUUAAAUAUUUAAGAGAUAUUUUCAGUGUGUAAUUAUAUCUUUAAAAUAUUUUAAUUCUUGUCUCAGUUGCUUCAUUUGCAAUAAUUUUUUGUUUAUGGUGUUUAAUAUGCACAAGCUGCAUCAGGAUGUAAAGUGUUUAUCAGACAACUUGUGGCAGAUGCAAGGAAGUAUUCAUGUGAUGCAGUGCAGCUACCUCAGGCUUGUGAAUGCUGUUGAAGUGGAGUUGGGACCACCUCCAACCACCGAAGCUCUCAUUCUAGUAUGGGAUCAACCUUCAAUCAUAAUCUUUACUAACAGAUCAAUUAAAACUUCAUUAAAUGUUGACAGACAAAAAGGAAUCAGUAUUUUUGUUAACAAUUUUUGCUGUUUAUUUUAAGGGCUUGCAAGUAGAAGUUUAUAAGACAUUGAUAGGGAUAUAAAGAACAUAUUAUAUAUACUUAUAAUAUCAUAAUGUAUAUAAUUUAAAAUGAUCCAGAGAAAAAAAAUUGUUGAUAUUAUAAUAAUUGUUGUUCUUUUUGAAGUUAGUGAUACAGAAUGAACAUAACUGUAUGGGAAUUGAAUCAUUCCUGACAAGUUUCAAGCUGAGCCUGAAGUAGAGUAGGUACUGGUUGAAGUACAGUCAAGCCACAACACCAGUAGUUUGCCAUGUAAUAGGCUCACACCUAGAGAAUGGGUUCAGUAUUAGGUAAUAUGCUUCUCAAAAAGUGUCAGGUUUCUUACAGCGAGUUAUUUUCAUUGUAAGUGAUGAGGGAGGCUGUGAAGGAAACAGUUACUUUUAGGUGGCUCCCUCUUCCCCAUAAGGUCAUUAGGAUCUUCGUAAUUUUGAGACUGCAAUCUAGAGGAUUUCUGUAGCUUUUUUAGAUGUAACUUUGAGGCAAUAGAAAAUUAUUAUGUCUGUUUGCCAUGACACUGUUUAUCAGUUUUGUUCAAUGUUUUAGUAUUGGGCAUAUAUUGCAUUGUUAUUGUUUUUUGAGGAAAAGUAAAUAGAGGAACAAAAGUUUUAAAAUUACAAUCAGGUCAAUAAAUAGAGGCCUUUCUAAAGUUAGUGAUUAGAAUUUCCAGUGCUAUGGAAAGUUAAUAGUUCAUUUUAACAUUAACUUUGCUAGAAAUUAUCUUAUUCAGACAUUUUUUUUUUGUUUCUACAUCUGGUAAUAACAUUAGUAUCAUAUAUGCAAUGCAAAUUUUCAUAUGAAGCAGAGAUUUAAACCUGGAGGUUUCAGUAAUAAGGGACUUAGUUUCCAAAUUUUUUUUUUGUUUGAUAAGCAUCUUGGAUGUAAACAAUAUUCCAUUAUUCCAUCAUCUGAAGACAACUAACAAUAAAAUUUCAUUAAAGAAGAGGGGGAAGAAACAUUUUAAUUUGUAUAAUUCUCCUGAUGAUUUCUUCUCCAUUUAUUCAUGAAGUUUUCCAGGUAUAUUUAUAAUGUAUUUUAAAUUCUCAGUAUCUUUUAAGAAACAGCCAGUGUAGUCCAAUUCUGCUUAAUCAGAAUGCAUUUGUGUCAGUUAAUUUGAUGUCCUGCCCUUUUUCAGUUACUAGAUUACAGUUUCUAAGUGCACAGUCAUUCCAGUGUGGAUGUAGUUGUGGUCAUAGUUGUUUCAUUUACAGAGGAUUAUUGUAACUGGGUGUUGCCAUUACACAUUAUUAGCCAUAUAUUACUAAGUUCAAAUAUUUUCAGAAUGAUUUUGACAGGAAAAGUAUGGUUAUUAUUCCAGCUGAAGUUGACAAAUGUUUUGGUUUGACUGUACAUCAACCACAUUUCUGGUAUAUUGAUACUCAAUAUGUUGCUACAGGAAAACACCAAAUCUUUUUAACAUUUUGAUGAGACAAAGAGGAGAAAAAGUGUUCUAUGAGGAAACACAGUUUUCACUUCUCAGACUUUAUAUAUGAAUGUACAGUUUUAUGCAGUGUUGUACUAAGGUGAUGUCUGCGUGUGAAUGUGUGCAGCUGUGCCCUGUAGAAAAUUGUAUCAAUCUGUCAAAAGGGCACCCGCUUCUCUUGCCAAAUGUGUCAAGUACUGUAUGUAUACUUUUAUGAUUAUUUCAAAUGUUGUACAAGAUAGUGUUUUGUAUUUGUUCUGUAUUAAGUUUCCAUGCAAAAUUAUACAAACGUUAUAUUAUUAUAUAAUAUAUAUACAAGUUUAUCUAAA